AUGCAAGUAUUUGAUCAACUUGGACGUUUAACAACCUUCUUCCGAGGUGAGGAAAAUAUGCAAGAUUUAUAUAUUCGUGUUCAACAUACUCCAAGUAUUGUCCCAAGAUUAUAUCUUAUGGCAACUAUUGGAUCUAUUUACAUCAAAUCUAAACAAGCUCCAGCAAAGGAUGUUCUCAAAGAUCUUGUGGAAAUGUGUAAAGGAGUUCAACACCCAACUCGUGGUCUCUUCUUGAGAAAUUAUCUCAGUCAAAUUACAAAGGAUAAACUUCCAGAUACUGGAGGUGAAUAUGAAGGUACUGGUGGAAAUAUUCACGACUCUAUUGCCUACGUACUUCAAAACUUUAAUGAAAUGGUCUUCCUUUUCAGUCGUUUGAAGAAUGAAGGUCCAGUCAAGGAAAGAAGUAAGAGAGAAAAGGAAAGAUUGGAAUUGAGGAUUUUAAUCGGAUUUAAUCUUGUAAGACUUUCUCAAUUGGAUGGUAUCAAAUUGGAUAUUUAUAGAGAUGAUGUCUUACCAAAGAUUUUAAAUAUUAUUAUCAAGUCUAACGAUCAAAUGGCUCAACAAUAUCUUAUGGAAUGUCUUAUUCAAGUUUUCCCUGAUGAAUUCCAUAUUGAUACUCUCACUCAAAUUGUUACUGCUUGCCAAGAGUUACAAGCUGAUGUGGAUUUAAAGACAAUUUAUAUUGCUCUCAUGGAUCGUCUUGCCAAUUAUGCUAGACAAUUCCCAGAAAACAUUCCAAAUCGUGAUGAACAAAAUGGUGGUGCUAAUAUUAUUGACAUCUUUUUGGAAAAUGUUGAAAAGAUUUCCGAUCAAAGAAUGGAACUUUCCGACGUUUUGGCCUUCCAAAUUUCUCUCAUGAAUCUUGCUUUGCAAUCAUAUCCAGACAAGAUUAAAUAUGUCAAUGAUGUAAUUACCUUCUGCCAUCAACAACUCAGCACUGCUGGUGAUAUUACUUCAACUCCUCUUUUGGUCAAACUUGUUAAGAAACUCUUGCUCAUUCCAAUUGAAUCAUACAAGAAUGUUCUCACUGUCCUUCAACUCGAAAAGUAUGGAGAAAUUCUUGAAUUAUUAGGGUUUGAUGAUAGAAGAUCAAUUGCUAUGGAUAUUUGUAGAUGUGCUCUCAAACAUAGACACAAGGUUACCAACGUUGAUGAAAUCAGAGGGUUAUUCGAACUUAUCAAGCCACUCUUGAAGGACGAAGAAGAUACCACCGAUGUUGAUGAGGAAGACUUUGAAGAGGAACAAAAUCUCGUUGCUAGACUCAUUCACAUUUGCGAUAGUGAAGAUACCGACAUGUUAUUCAAGGUUUAUUCUACUGCUAGAAAGGCUUUCGGUCAAGGUGGUGUUAAGAGAAUUCAAUAUACAUUGACACCUCUCGUCUUUUCUUACCUUUCUUUGGCUAAACGUAUCUUUAAUGCCAAGGAUAGAGAAGAAAAAGCAAUCAAGGAAGAUAAGGUGUUCCAAUAUGUUAUUGAAAUUUUAGAAGUUUUGGCUAACCAACAAUCAGACAUGGCCUUAAAGUUGUAUCUUCAAAGUGCCAUCUGUGCUGAUCUCUGUAAAUUGGAAACAAUUGUUUUCGAACUCUUGUCGCAAGCCUUUAUGCUUUAUGAAGAACAAGACAGCAAGAUUCAAUUGGAAUACUUUAUAAUGAUUAUUAAUGCAUUGAGACAAAUGAAGAAUAUUGGCAAUGAAAAUUAUGAUACACUCUCCACAAAGACUUGUCAAUACUCUUCCAGACUCUUACUCAAGCCAAAUCAAUGCAAGGCAGCCUUUAUGUGUAGCCACUUAUUCUGGCCAAUGGAACACAAUGAAUCAUUACAAAAUGCUGACAAAUCUCUUGAAUGCUUGAUAUGGUCCUUGAAGAUUGUCAAGUCAUGCAUGGCCGAUCAAAAGAUUGCUCUCUUUAUCGAAAUUUUGAAUGUUCACCUCUAUCAAUUUAUUAACAAUAAUGAAAAGGUCACUGUAGACUAUUUGAAUGACUUGAUUGAUGUCAUUAACUCCAACAUUGGAUCUUCUGAGGAAGAAUUUGGUGUUGCUGGUGCUGCAACAGAAAACCAAAAUGAAACCAAGACUGUUGCUCCAAUUGCAACCUUCUACAGAAAUACUCUUGAAUAUAUUAAGCUUUUGAAGAGUGGAAAUUCAAAGUUUGAAAGCAUAACUCUAUAAAAAAUAUUUGAUUUU